CCCAACUAGAAAAAGGAUUUGACCGUGAAAGAAGUGGAAUGGUUUAGCAGUUUGGACUGCGCUUGUUCCUCUGAGGAAGGAGAUAACAAGAGUUCCCGUAUAGCGUUCAUGCUUACAGAGGGUCAGGCGCUGCCUGGAGUCAACGCGCACGAGUCCAGCGCCAUGAAACUGAAUCCCCAACAAGCUCCACUCUAUGGAGAGUGUCUCUUGACUGUACAGCUCGAUGAUGAUGAUGUGUGUCGUGCUGAGGGAGAACAAGAGGAGGUGGAGUUUUUUCUUUUAUUAUCAGGAUCCACCCAAAGACAUCUGACUAGCACACUGCGAGUCAGCCACGUCACACUGCAGGCUGUGUGUCCAGGCCAUAAUGUGUGUGAGCAGGUCUCGGUGACGCUGUGUUUGGCUCGUCCUGGUGAACCAGUGGACACACACUCACAGGUGGCAUUCUGCUUCGUACAGGACUUGGCUCUCGACAUGGCCCAUUUACUGCUUGACAACACAGCUCCGCAGGAAGCAUUACUAUUGACUGAUAAGCAGAUUCCAUUGAAAGAGUGUGAGAGGUUGGAUCACUGCCUUGCCUUGGCCCUGAAACACCUCACCCUGCCCCGCCAGACGACAGUUGUGGACAGGCAGAUGAGUAACCAGCCAGUGUCUGUCACAGCGACAGACAUAAAUGCACACACGAACAGACACAACACAAGGACACACAAGGAAACAUGGAUGGACGGCGCCACGCUGCUGGACAGCUGCUCUGCUGUUUCCCAGUGCCAGCAGCUCUCCAACCUGCUGCACUUGGCAGCCAGUUAUGGUCUGGGGACCGUGGCAUCGUUCCUCCUGCAGCAGCCGGGAGGCAGGGAGGCGCUAAGGAGGCCCAACACUCAGGGACUAACACCAGCAUGUCUGGCAGAGAGCAGAGGACAUCAGCAGCUGAAGGAGUUCUUCUCACAGUAUGAGACGUCCUCAGAUGUCCAAGUGGAACCAAAAGAGCAGCCACACUUUUACACAGAAGGCCGAGUGUUUCAGCACCAUGCAAAACUUGGUACCUACACCCUAACAUUCCCUGACCUUCAUCAGAGGGAGGGGGGAGCAGAGACAAAAAGCAGUGAAGAUUUCUGCUUACAGGAGGAGGUGAAGGAGCUGAGGAGACUUAUUCAUCUUCAUAGAGACAGAAAGAGAAAAUCAGAUCUUGCUGGUAACAUCACACCUCCACAUACCUCCACAUCCUCCUCCAUCGAUCAUGAGCAAGCCAGCCCUGCCUGUGGGCUGCAGCCCUGCUCUAACGGCCAACAAGAGAGCAAGCAGGAUGUAGGCCUGGCUGUGGUAACCAUAGAGAACUGUAUCACAACAACAAAGGAUCACAGAGGUCCUCCAUUAUUGGAGGACAAAACACGAGGGGCUGACUCUACUGUCGUCACUCAAACAUCCUGUGCCAGUGGAAGUCUUUGUCAGAGCCAGGAAGCUGGGGGGGAACAGAAGGGUGCACCAGCUGCCAACUCUCCUGCUCGUCGUAACAGGAAAAACAAAAAGAGAACCACAAGAAAUGCAACAGAAUCUCUAGAAAAUAAAAGAUGCACCCAAGAGGGUGGAAGGGGGAUUGCACGGAGGCCCACAAAGACACCAAGAAGUAGAACAGAGAUACAUGGAACUAUUUCAGUCAGACAACCAGCAGGGGCAUCUGUGAUUGGUGACAGAGAAGCCACAAAAACUCAGUGUAGUCCCGGAACAGAAGAGACUCCGUUACCCAUAAAGCCAGUGACUGCACCAGGUGGUGAUAGGAAGUGUGCUGGCAGGAAGACAGUUGCCUUGCCUACCACAACCAUCAUAGAAAAACAGGAAGGAGAGAAGUGGGAAGUUGACCUGCUGAUAUGUGAGCGAGUUGUAGAGACAGAGACGGAACAGGGAGACCCGGCAAAAGCAGCUAAAUUUAACUUGGGAUCAGCUGCCGAAAAGAAAGUAACCAUGGGUCAGGAACAAUCCCAGGAUCCCCAGGAAAGCCAGUCAGACCCAGAGGAGCCAAGCCAACCUGACACAAUGAACAAGAGUCCUCAGUCUGGCAGGAGGAUCAGCCACAAGUCCCCAGACAUGGAAAGAAAUCCCCGUAGAGGACUAUGGAGGGAUGGAGGCUGGAUUGGAGGCAGAACGGGAUCAACCCCACAUGAGCCACAAACGGGAGCAAAAACAGUCUGGUAUGAAGGUGAAAACCUAGAGCAGGGUGUCCAUGAAGACUGGAACAGAAUGGAUGUGAACUCCCAGUCAGUUUGGUAUGACAGUGACACAGUGGAUCAGAGAAAACAUGAACAGCUGGAGCAGGGACUGAGAGAGCAGAAAGAAUGUGAUUUGAACUCACUCCACGCUUCUGGUCUUAGUUCUCCACAGCUGUUAGAACAGGGUCUUAGUUCUCAUCAACUGUCUGCAGCUCUUAGUCAGCCUCUUGUUGCUGGACCACAGCCAGCACUGUCACAUGGGCCGAGUGCACAAAAACGGGAAGUACAUGGAUCACAGCAAGGGGAGGAAGUAGGGCUGGAUCAGAAGGAGGGAGGAGUGGAAGGAGACAGAGAGGAGGUUGGUAACAGAGAGACCACUUACAGCAGAAAGAGUUCUGAAACAGCAGACAUCGAAGAGGGAGGAGAAGAGAAGAAAGGAAGUGAAGAGAAAGGAGCAAAGAGCAGAAAAAAGAGGAAGAAGAAGAAAGGGAAGAGAGGAGACCCAGAGGCCAAGCUUAGCUCCAGCUCCAGUAUAGAGUCUCAGAGUCAGAUAGACGUACAGACACGGAGUGAACAAGUGACAAACCUGGACACUCCGUCAGAGCCAGAAGCCAAGGAUAAAACAGGAAGGGCAGACGUCCAGUUGCCCUGUGCUUCUGAGCCAAGCUGGAGAGUAGAAGCUGACAAGGACGCCAUGCAUCUACCCAGCCAGAAAGAGGGCCAGACCAGGGAAGCUCAUGGAUCUGACUGUGACAUUACAAACUCUGAUCCUUGUUACACAACUUCAGAGUUCAGUCUGACAGAUCUGACUGAAGGUACAGCUUCACAGAUAUUUAAAACAAAGGAAUUAUCAGAGGACGAGGCCAGGACGUUUCAUGAACCUGAUGACUUUUACCUCCAUUCUACUGUCACUGCUUCAGAACUUAGUGAAGUGGACAUCAUAAAGGCAAAGGUAGAGGAAACUGCAACCGUUCAACCAAUAGGAAAGGACGUGCUUCACCCUACAGAGCUGGAAUUAAAGGGGCUUACCAGUCCAGGCCAACAAACAGCGGAUAAUGCGGAGUCAAAGGCAUUGUCAGAAAAUGAGGAUUUGCCAGUUGCUGGUAAAUCUGCAGCAUCCGUGGACCAGACAGGUUUUCUGGAAUCUAACUCUCCAGAGGAACUUCCUGUAAAACAUUCAGAUCCUACAGAAUUCGCAGAAGAGCCAUUUCUUGGGGCACUGCCUGAACAUAAUAUACAACAUGUUCAACCUUUGGACUCGAAGAAACCAGUACAACCUGUGGAUCCCAUUGGUAGACCCGUAAGAUUUAUGGAAGCUGGGGUUCUGCCUAUUGAAGGUACAGCGGAUGUUUCACCACUUGAAAUACAGGAAGGAAGGGCCGAGACAACUCCUAGGGAAUAUUUAGAGCAUUGUUUGGCCUCUGAGAUGCUGAAAGAUCAGGAGCAAAAGAGAAAUGAGCUGUGGGUGGGUGAAGAGGAAGUCAGUGUAGAAAGACAUUGGGAGAGGAGGAGUGAAGAAAGAAAUGACAGUGGGGCGGUACAUGGCAAGGAGUUAACUUCCAUAGACAGAGGGGAAAAGGUGGAGGAUGAGGACUGUCAUUCCUUACAGAGAGAAAAAGUGCAGAACUACAAUGAAGAUCUAGUUGCCACAGCGGUAGCAAUUGUUACUGUAGCAAUGGCAUCAGCCAUAGUUAGCAUAGAAUUGAGCCAACAGUUAGCAGACAAUCAGUUAAGGAGGCAAGAGUCUGCUAGCAAAGAACCAGCAAAUAAUCCACCAUUAGCACAGGACACCAGUGAACCAAUAGAUACAUCACACCAGCUGGCAGACGAUUUACUUAACACUGCUCAAGCCACACAACUGUGUGCACAGCUGAUAAACAAAGACAAAGAGAACUGUCAACUGUUAGCAAUGACUCCAACUGACACCGAAAGCCAACAUAGAGAAUGGUCACAUAUUGAACCUACUGAUCAGUUCACAUCUAAAGAACAGGUUAACGUUGAAAUAUUGGAGCAGUCUGAUUCUGUAGUGUCACAGUGUAGCACUGAGACAGAAAAGCUACUAGCAGCACCUCUAAGUAGCAACCAGCAGGCUAACCUUGACCUGUCAGCACACACUCCUAGUUUACCACAACUCUGCAAAGAGGAUAUUCAAAGCAAACUCUUCACAUAUUCACUACCUAAAGAAGAAGACAGCCUACUGCAAGUUAAUAUGAAACCUUUCCCCGAAGUAAAUAAAAUGAUUACAGCUGAGGUAGAUGGCCAAGGUCACAUGCAGACAGAAAUCCAGCUGCAAGAAGAAAUCCAAGUUUCCUGUCCCAUUAUAGACACAGGACAACUUCCCGAGGCUUCUGACACAUUCUGUCCUGAUUCUGACGAGAAUCCCAGACUGGGAGAACGUAGAGACCCCCCAAGAUCAGUCUGUCAGAAUGAGAGCGAUAGACAGCACUUAGAUUCACAUUGUCCACACAGUACAAAACAUGAUAGAGAUGCUAAAGGAGAGGAAGGAAUGCAGGUGCAUGAGCAUGACAGCGUUCACCAGCUGGAUGGUCAAAUUACAUCACCAUGUGAAGGGGAGAUUCCCACUUUGCCACUUUCUUGUGGUUCACUUCCUGUUACCCCCUGUGACUUGGCUCCCCUGGAGGAACCAGCUGUCGCUAUGGAUAAUGAGGAUGGUGUGUUUGAAGGGCUGGAUAAAGACUCUGUGGAUACAGUGGAUGGAAGGACGGAGAGAGAAAUUAAUAAGAUGAAAAGUGAAAAGGAAGUACAGAAAGCGAUGGUCACAGUGGAGGAAACAUCCCAGACAGAAGCAGAAACGGUCCCAGCAGCAAAAGAAGAGUGUCAACAGGCCUGGACAGACUCAGACAGUGCACACAUUCUACAGAUCCAAAGGGAGAGGGAUGUUCUCUACCCUGUCCAGCCCUGCCCUGAGGCCAACACUGUAAUAGUAUGUACAGACAUCCAUCCAGACAGAGAGGAUUGUGUGUCAGUGUGUCUGUUGCACAGAGACAAAGGCAGUCUGAAAGCCAGUGCUGAACUGGAUGACAGUCACUUUAAAAAGCCCAAAGAUCCUCCCCCCUGUGUUGGACACAGGGACAGAGGGGUCCAUGUCUCCUGUUCCUCUACAGAUGAUGCAUUGAUACAGGGAACCCUCUGUCCUAGUGAGGGAGCUUUGUCAGCGGGCACAUCUGAUGCUGUGGUCUCUCAGAGCUCCAGAUUGUCCUGGAAGUUAAAAACAGAGGACAGAGGAGGAGGGGGAGGAGAAGAAGAGAAAAAAGACCAGCUUCUACAAAGUCCUGUCUCCUCUCCCAUGUUGCCAGCCUCCAUGAGUUCCUUGUCUCCGUUCCGUCGUCACAGCUGGGAACCAGGCAGGAACAACGCCGCUGCAGAUAAUGACAUCACACAGCGCAGCUCAUUGAUGAGCCUGUCAGGAGAGGCGAAGAGAGCCAAGCCCCUCCUCCACAGGAGAAGUAUAAGUUGGUGUCCAUCCAACCUGCGUCGUCCUGAUCAGGAGCAAAUAGACAAUAGAAGCUACAGUCUGGAGGGUCUGGAGGUGGAGAGGGUAGCAGUCAGGGUCCAGUGUCCCAGCCUCAGCGGUCAGGAGGAGAGGACCGCGGGGAGGAGUUCACUCCUGGAGAGCCAGGAGAGAGGCUCGCUGGUAUCCCUCACUGAGGAGGAGCAGGAAGGAGACGGAAGUAGUGUCAAUAGCCAGGUCCUGUCAGUGACAGCCAGCUGUCCUGCUAUGUUCCAUCACCAAACCCUCACCAAAUCCAUCUCCAUGGUUACUAUCAGUCAGCGUGAUAUAGAUGGGGGGAACUUAUUCUCCAGUAAUUCCGGGUCACUGGAAUACAGUAUUUCAGAGGAGGAGCCGGGCCCUCUGCGGAGCGACACUGAGGUAAAAGGAGGACCUAAAUUCAGUCGGACAUUCAGCUACCUCCGCAGCAAGAUGAGCAAGAAAGGCAAGGAGAAGGAGAGGAGAGGAGAGAGGGAACGGGAGAGUAAAGAGAGAGAAAAGAAGAGUGCAAACGGCCAUCUCUUCUUCCCAGUCAAUCCGUCCCCUUCCACAGCCUGUCAGCACUGCACCAAACUUCUGUACAAUAAGGAAAGCUUCAUCUGCAACAACUGUGGAGUCCAUGUCCAUAAAUGCUGCAGAGAGAGUCUGUCUAUCUGUACAAAGAGCAAAAUAAAGCAAUCGCUGGUGCCAGAAGCGGCUCCUGGGUCAGCUGCUAACAUGAGGAGUAAAUCUACAUCUUCAGCAUCAUCUGUGUCAUCCACAUCCUCCUCAUCGUCACGGGAACGCUGGUCCACAAUAACCACCCCUGAUGACCAGCUUCCUGUGGUGGUUCCACGAAGACAUCCCAGCAUCUUCAGCUCACACAGCAACCUGGCCAAGAGCAUCUCCAUCAGCAACAUAGCAGGGUUAGAUGAUGUUCCUCUGAAAAGCCGGAAGUUUCUGUCCCAGUCCACUGAUUCUCUUCAUCAGGGGAGCAAAGUCAAUGCCUCGAUGGAGUCACUAACCGAUGAAGGUAGCAUCAACAAAUACACAAACUGUGAAAACAUGUGCUCCAUAUGCGCCCUUGGCUUUGAUGAAGAUUAA